GACAGAUCGAAAUGGAAUUUCCUAUCGAGAUGUCGGUGGUGCUAAACUGGGCCUGACUCUGUCAUCUUCACUUUUUUAUUUAUUUUUACUGAGCUCCAAAAGCCAAUUCACUUUCUCAACUUUCCAAAAGAUUAUAUAAGUUUUCUCUACCAUUUCCACGAUCACUAAUCUAUAGCACUUUCAAGAAUAGAAGCACAUAUCUUUAGGGCAAAUUGAAAGUUGCAAAGAGACCACUGUGACAAGUAGAAAGCAUGAUUGAAGCUUGAAAAUUUGCCGGGAAAAUACAGAAUCUAGUUGCCAUACCUGGAAAAUAUGGAGGCAAUUCACCCUACCCCAUUUUAUGAAAACUAUGAUAUUCCUACAACAAAUGUAGACCAACUCCCAUUUGAUGACUCAUGGUAUCCUUGCCCUUUCUUCAACACCAGUUCGUAUCACCAAGAUGAAUUCUGUGGAAGAGAAGAAGAGGCUGAUCAUUUCACUAGCAGUUUAUGGAACGAGAAUGGGGACAUUGACGAGACUUACGAAAGAGAAGAACCACCUUCUAAUGGCUAUGGAAGUUGGCUGCGGGAAUGCAACUCUGUAUUUAGUGAUUGUUGGGGUGAUAAUUAUGUCUCGCUUGGCAAUGGGUUUCACAACAACGAGCAUGAAGGUGGUGACUCAAGGACGCUGGUGGUUUCUAAUCCAAGUGAAGAACAGGGCCGUUAUGAAGACACAGAAAAUCAUCCUGCUUCUGAUUACGCUUCAUGGUCCUGUUAUGAUUCAUUGUUUCAUCAUGGAGGAGAAAAAGAUCCUUCCAAUGAUUAUGGAGAAGAAGCCGAAGCAACAAAUAGCCACCACGGCUUGCCUGGAAUUGAAGUUUUUGAAGGUAUUUUCGGUUAUUGGCCUUGCCUGUAUCGUUAAAUCUGGUCACAAACACAUGGUGAACAUUUGGAAGGGUGAGCCAAAAGAAGCAAAUCCACUGAAGCGAGCAGAUUCCUUUUUCUUUCUUUUUGUUCCAAAAACUAAAAUUAGGUUUUAGAAAUUUUCCAUCAAAUGAAAAUUAUGCAGGGCUAGUAAAGAAUAAGUGCGGAGUUCUUCCAUUUGCUGCAACAUUUAUCCAUGGCGGGUUUGAUCUUAACAAAAGGAGUAUAAUUUGUGUUCAUGUUUACAAGAAUAUUCAACAAGGACAACUAAAAAUGUAGAAUUUUAGUUAUGGUCGUAACAUCUAAAGCCCAUCUGAAUUUUGUUUCCAGCGAUCAAUCUUUUGGGUAGUUGAAGAAAUUGAA